AUUCGUAUCUAUGUAUUAGUCAAACUAUGUAGCUCUUCCUUGUGCACCUUUUGUAACUAUAAAAACAUGGACGUCAACAAGAGUCACCACUAAUUAUUUCACCAAGUUCACAAAAAUGGCAGAGUCCCCUACUACCUCAGGUAUGACUAGGAAAAUUCUUGUAAUUUUCUUGAUUGGAUUCUUGGCAUUUGUUUAUCAAGCAAUUACACCACCACCUCCAAAAAUUUGUGGCUCCCCCAGAAGCCCUCCGAUCACUGCACCACGAAUAAAACUCUCCGAUGGAAGACAUUUGGCGUAUAAAGAGCAAGGUGUUCCGAAAGAUGAAGCAAAAUUCAAAAUUGUGUUCAUCCAUGGUUUUGAUUGUUGCAGACAUGAUGUUGUUAUUGCCAGCAGUCUUUCUCCUGAUGUUAUUGAGAGUUUGGGAAUAUAUAUUGUAUCAAUUGAUAGACCUGGUUAUGGAGAAAGUGAUCCUCAUCCACAAAGAACACCAAAGAGUUUAGCUCUUGAUAUUGAAGAAUUAGCAGAUCAAUUGGAAUUGGGAUCCAAAUUUUAUGUUGUUGGAUUUUCCAUGGGUGGACAAGUAGUUUGGGGAUGUCUCAAAUAUAUUCCUCACAGAUUGGCAGGAGCAGCUCUACUAACACCUGUGGUUAACUAUUGGUGGCCUGGUUUCCCAUCAAAUUUGUCAACAAAAUCAUAUUAUGAUCAACUUUUGCCUGAUCAAUGGACACUUAGAGUUGCUCACUAUCUUCCAUGGCUAACAUAUUGGUGGAACACUCAAAAGUAUUUUCCAUCUUCUAGUGUUGCAGCUCAUAGCCCUGAUAUUUUUUUAACUCAAGAUAGGCAAUUAGGACCAAGAUUUGCUGCCUCACAAGAAAAAUACAGGGCACAAAUUAGACAACAAGGUGAAUUUGAAUCACUCCAUAGAGAUGCAAAUAUUGGAUUUGGUACAUGGGAAUUCGAUCCAAUGGAUUUAAAAAAUCCAUUCGAUAAAAAUGAAGGAUUUGUUCAUCUAUGGCAAGGUGAUGAAGAUGGACUUGUACCUGUUAUUUUACAAAGAUAUAUUGCACAAAAAUUACCAUGGAUUCAAUAUCAUGAAAUGAAAGGUGGUGGUCAUUUAUUUCCUUAUGCAGAUGGAAUGGGAGAUAAAAUUAUCAAGACAUUUUUACUUGGUGAAAAAUUUGAAGCAUAAAAAUAUACGGAAAAAUAUAAGCGUUUAGAUACGAUUUGAUUUAGAAAAAAAAAGGUGUGAUUGAAGUAGAAGUUGAAAAAGGAUAUUUGGAAGUUGAUCUAAAUUGAUAUAUUACAUGUAUUUGUGUGCUUUGUAUAAUGGCACUAGUUGGGGCCUUGUCCUAGAUGAAAUUGAUUAAUACAAGUUCAUCAUCAAUGUGUGUUA